UUCAUUUGAGAAACUCUUCAGCAGAAACGGAGCGGAGGGGAUAACCAAAUCAGAGCGAAAGAGUAAAAAUGCCUGCUGGUCAUGGGUUACGAUCUAGAACAAGAGAUUUGUUCUCACGUCCAUUCAGGAAGAAGGGUUACAUUGCUCUUACCACUUACUUGAGAACUUUCAAGAUCGGUGAUUAUGUUGAUAUCAAGGUUAAUGGUGCUAUUCACAAGGGUAUGCCUCAUAAGUUCUACCAUGGACGUACUGGUAUUGUCUGGAAUGUUACCAAGCGUGCUAUUGGUGUUGAAAUUAACAAACAGGUUCGUGGUCACAUUUUAAAGAAGAGGAUCCAUGUGAGGAUUGAACAUGUUCAGCCAUCAAGGUGCAGAGAAGAGUUCAAGCUGAGGAAGGUUCAGAAUGACAAGUUGAAGGCUGAGGCUAAAGCUAGAGGUGAAAAGAUUAGCACCAAGAGACAACCUGAGGGCCCUAAACCUGGCUUCAUGGUUGAAGGAGCAACACUUGAAACUGUUACUCCCAUUCCAUAUGAUGUCGUCAAUGAUCUCAAAGGCGGGUAUUAGAGACUGUUCUUUUCUGCUUGUGGUGGUGGUUAUGUUUUAUGGAGAAACAAAACUGCAGUUCAAGACUUCUUUAAGAGAGAUAGUGAUAAUUAAAAUUUUGUUAUCCAUAUUUAAGAUAUUUUAGAGAUUGGUAUUUUAUCUCGAUUUCCCUUAUUAAGUACAUUUAACUGGUUUUUAUAAUUUCUGUUAUGAAGAAUGACUUAAUCUGCCAAUCCAUUUAGUUUGUCUAUUUAUCCGG